CCCGCUGAACUCUCCUGACUGGUUCACCGCCAGCACGUUCCCCGCACCGAGCCGUGUUUCCAUCCGCUUUCAGCAUGGUGGUACACGGGACAGCACGCCCCGCCCUCCGCUCUGACGUCACCCGCCACCCGUCCAAUCAGGCGGCGUCCGCGCGGGGAGGGGGCGGCGCCAGCGCCGGGGAGACAGCACCGCUUAACACGUGAGCCUCACGUGACAGAGGCAGGUCAGGCUGAGCGGAGAGUCAGAGGGCUUAUUUAACUCGUCGCUCCGUCCUCCCCCAAUUUCCCAACGCGCCACCGAGAGGGUUGACUUCCUCCCGAGGCGGCACCGCUGCGUGGAAUUCGAGGGGGAAAUAACUUGGAUGCGUUUUCAUGCCUAAGACAACGUUUUUCACCGACGAUAGAGUGGAGGAAAUUAAGAGACAGUAAACAUUUUUGAGAAAAAAUUUCCCCCCCCCAAAGCUUUUCAAACUGCGUUGCAGCCGUCUGGCGCGUAAAUAAAUGCGCGUUUGACCGUGAAUGAGCAGGAGCAGAACGUCUUAACUUUCAGCCCGUGUUUUUUUUGGGGAGUUGAGAGAAUGGAGCGAAUUCCCAGCGCGCAGCCUCCUCCUCCUCCUCUGUCCAUCCACCAGGCGGACCUGACGGACGUGCAGGGAGUGGAUUUCCCGAUGUAUGUCUACAAACCGAGGCGAGGAAUGAAACGAGGAGAAGAGAGCAAGGACACCUACAAGCUGCCCCACAGACUUAUCGAGAAGAAAAGGCGGGACCGGAUAAACGAAUGCAUCGCCCAGCUGAAAGAUUUACUACCAGAACACCUGAAACUCACUACUCUGGGCCAUCUGGAGAAGGCUGUGGUUUUAGAGCUCACGCUCAAGCACGUGAAAGCCCUCAACUCUCUUCUGGAGCAGCAGCAGCAGAAGUUACUGGCCCUGCAGAGCGGCAUGCAAAUUGAUCAACCUCCUGCCAGCCAGGAGAAGUCGGAGGAGAUGUUCCGCUCUGGCUUCCACAUGUGUGCCAAGGAGAUCCUUCAGUACGUAGCUAAUCACGAGGCGGACGGAGACUUCGCGCCUUCCCACGUCAUCAGCCACCUUCACAAGUUAGCCGCAGAUGUCCUGCAGGGUCCGGUCCGAGCCCGCACCCCUGCCAGCCCUCGACUCGAGGAGGCCCCCGUUCACCACCAGCACCCGGCUCACAAGGAGACGGCCGCCGGCCUACCGGCCAAAUCCAGCGAGGGCUACGGGAGGAACUGCGUGCCGGUCAUCCAGCGGGCGUACGCUCCUCCCAGCGCCGAGCAGAGCGGCAGCGACACAGACACGGACAGUGGCUACGGGGGGGAGUUGGAGAAAAUGGAGUCCAGGGCGCGGCAGGAAUGUCCAGAUUACUACGGGGCCCAGAGCCAGCAGAAGCGGCCGCUGGGCGACAGGCAGGGCUCCGGCAUCAAGCAGGAGGAAGACGAGCCCCGGCACAAACGCCCCCGCGUCGAGUCCUCCGAGGAUGAGCUCCUGUCAGGCGGAGAAUCAUCCACCUCCUCCUCCUCCAGCGGCUACGGCAGCUACAUGAGCGUGUCCCCCAACCACCCCGCUCCUCCGCCACACCCCCUCUGCAUGCCGUUCUACCUCAUUCCGCCUUCCGCCGCAGCCUACCUGCCCAUGCUGGAGAAAUGCUGGUACCCCGGAGGCGUGUCCAUGCUCUACCCGGGCAUGGGGGGCUCCUCACCCACUAUGGCCGGCGACAGACCACAGCCACCUCAGUUAGUCCUGUCUCCAAGGGGAGGCUCUCCAGCCCCAGCCAUAUCCCAAACCCCUAUGGACUCCCCCGCCCUCCUCCAGGCUCUAAAGCAGGUACCACCCCUCAACCUGGAAACCAAAGAAUAAGUGAUGAAGGAACAGACAAAGAGACAAUCCUGUUCAAGUAUCCAGUGGCAGAGUCAGUUGUAGGCAGGAGAUGAUGAUCCAGCUGCUCUAUAAUCCAUAUUCAUUCAACUCCUCUUUUUGUCAAAAUGGAGGUCAAAGUGAAAGGAGGUUGAUUAAGGAGACAGACGAGAGCAGCAGCCACCCACAGCUGGAGGAGGGCAAAGCUCCGGUUGAAUGUUCUAAGCUCAGGCAGGCAGACGUAUCGUACAUACUGGUCCUGCCCUGCACAUAUGCACACACAUACUUGUUGGUUGAAUGUAAAGAAAAGACGAGUUUAAGUUAGAUGCUGCUGUUAAAGUGUUAACACAGAGGAAACCGAUGCCUCUCAUUUGUGGCCGUUGUUUAAAAAAAACACGUCAUCUUGUACUUUAGAAACUUUUACACCAAAUUAACGGUAAUUAGUCACCCAAAGUUUGUUGCCCAUGUCCUUUGCUCACCAUUCUGAUGACGGGAUAUGCCUUUUGAACUAGACAUUACGUUGACUGUCACCAUAAAAGAAAAGAUGGUCCUCUAGUGUGUACGUACACUGGUUAGGGUUCAGUCGUGGUGGAAGAAGGGAUCGGUCGCUCCAGAGCGGCCAAAGAAAAGGAGUUGUCCCUUUUUUUUUUGUUGUGAAACCGAAAGUUGACAUGAAUUCCUGUAAUUAUUGUCCAUAAACUUCUUGUAUAUUUCUAUUUUUGAUACCUGUUCAUACACUCAAUCCACCCAGAGAGUUGGAGGGGGUGCGGAGUGUCAAUAAUGUCGUUUACUCAGAAAAUGUGUACAUUCUGUAGCACUGUGCUGGACCUGGUCUGCAUUCUCAACAUCUGUUUCUGCUCAAGUCAAACCCGGUGUUUGUUCUUGCUGUUGCCUUUUACUUGUGACAAGCUGAUAAAUGUCAAAUGUUUAUUCUCUGUGCUAUGUAUGAAAACUGGAGACAAAGAAGUAAGAGAGACGUGAAUGUAAGUUUUACCAGAAGACUAGUUUUCUAUAGAGAGAGGUACUUAAGAUUUUAUAUUUUGGGACCUAAAGAGAGAUGUUUGAUGUACAUAUUUUUGUCUAUAAAUGUUGAUAUACAUCAUAUAAGUGUAUUAAUAAAGUAUUUUUCCCGUGGAAA